AUGGGGUACCUCAGUCUCUCUUGCAGAGUUGAAUCUGCAGUUUCAACUUUCAAUUCUCUCACACCAUCACCUUCUUUUUCUUCUUCUUCCACCACCACUACCUCAAAGAAACAGAACAACAAAGAAAAAGAAAAACCCACUAAGAUCCAACACUUCCAUUACAGUGACCUUGAAGCUGCCACCAAUGGCUUCUCAAAGCGCAAGCUCCUCGGCAAAGAAAGCCAUGGUUAUGUCUAUAAAGCUGUAAUGGUUUCUUCUUCUUCUUCCUUUGCAUCUGCACCAGAGUUCAUCAUCAGCGACAACGAGAUUGAUAACGAGAUUGAUAUCUUGUCCAAAAUCCAGAGCAAUAACAGCAAGCUUCCAAAUUGGGGAAGAAGAGUUCGUUUGGCAUUGCAAACUGCAAAGGAAAUGUUUUGA